AUGGCGUGGUACUGCUCUGGUUCAACUAAUGCGGAACUGGUCGAGAAUCUCUUCAGGACGGGCUUAGUGAAGAAUGAAAGAGUGAAAAGGGCUAUGCUGGGGGUUGAUCGGGCCCACUAUGCACCUUCGCGGCCUUAUUCGGACUCCCCACAGCCUAUUGGGCAUGGUGCAACAAUAUCCGCUCCUCACAUGCAUGGUCACGCAUGUGAGUAUCUCAUUGAUUUCCUCAAGCCGGGUUCGCGGGUGUUGGAUAUUGGCUCCGGUUCCGGAUACCUGACCCAUGUUCUCGCUAAUCUCGUCACAAACCCUUCCGCGUCUGAUGGCUUAGACGGUCAUGUUAUUGGGAUUGAUCAUAUACCGGAACUUGUCGACCUGUCGCGUGAAAAUAUGCGCAAAUCUGACCAAGGGCGUACAUUACUCGAUUCAGCAAAGGUUGAGUUUAUUACCGCUGACGGCCGCCUGGGAUGGAAGGAAGGAGCACCAUAUGAUGCUAUCCAUGUUGGCGCAGCAGCGGAAAAGCUUCACCCAGUAUUAAUUGAGCAGCUUCGCGCCCCAGGACGAAUGUUUAUCCCUGUUGACGUUGAAUCUGACGGCACUGCCCCAAGUUUCGGAUUUGGUGGUGGGCAAUAUAUUUGGGUAGUCGACAAGAAGGUGGACGGGUCAGUUCACAAGGAGAAGGUAUUCCAGGUUAGCUAUGUUCCAUUGACCGACCCACCGAAAAAGUAA